GGUUCAGAAUUCCAACCUCAUUGAUAACGACAAGCUUACACUCCAAAAUACAUAUCGAAAUCUCUUACUUUUUCCACCAAACUAUCAAACCCACUUCCGAUUUCCCACCAGUAAAUCAAAACUCCUUUUCCUUUUUCUUUCCUAUAAUUAAGCACUUUCUUCCAUCUUCUUCUACGUUCUCAAGAAACAAACACACUUUCAAACAUGUCUGCUGAAGUUCUUGUUGUCCCUGCUUUUGGACAGGGCCAUCUCUUUCCUUGCAUCGAGCUAUGUAAGCUCAUAGCUACUCACAGCUACAAAACUACCCUUGUCAUUUUCUCUUCUCUCUCCUCUUCCGUCCCCUCCGCUUUCCGGGAAAACCCACUUCUCCACAUCCUUGAAAUUCCAUCUCCGUCUGGAUCCGUUCCGAUUCCCAUGCAUGCUGAUAGCCGGAAACAGAUGCAUUUAUGCCUUGAAAACCUCCUCUCUAAUCGCUCCCAGAAUCCAAAACUACCCAUUUGUGCCAUUGUUGAUGUGCUCGUUGUGAUGAGUUGGUCGGCUGAUAUUUUCAAGAAAUUUCAUGUUCCAACGAUUGGGUUCUUCACCUCCGGCGCCUGUUCCGCCGCAAUGGAGUAUGCUGCAUGGAAGGGACACCUGCAGAUACAGCAUAUAAAACCUGGAGAGAUCCGUUUUCUUCCAGGGUUACCCGAAGGAAUGGGUCUAACCGUCUCGGAUCUCAAACGCCGGCCUCAUGGCCAUGGGCCUCCUCCACCUGGACUUGUAGGUCCACUAGGUGGGCCAUCCCAAUCGAAGCCGAAGAUAAUGGGCCCACCGGCGCCUGGAGAGCAACCACCGUGGGUUGAUGACGCAGAAGAUUCCAUCGCUUGGAUGAUAAACACGUGUGAUGAUCUGGAGCGUCCAUUUAUUGAUUACCUGGCCGAUAAAGUUAAAAAGCCUAUUUGGGGCGUGGGCCCGCUUUUCGCAGAGGAAUAUUGGAAAUCAGCUGGCGCACUUGUUCAUGAUAGCAAAAUGAGAACCAUUCGACUGGCUAAUAUUACAGAGGAGAGCGUGAUCCGAUGGCUAGAUUCAAAGGCACGUGGCUCAGUAUUAUACGUCUCAUUUGGCAGUUCAGUGGACAUCACUAAAGAAGAGUAUCCACAGUUGGCUGACGCAUUAGAAGCCUCGACCCAUCCAUUUAUAUGGGUGCUCCGACCAGAUGCGGGUCGGGCGGGUCCUCCACGUGGACAGUCUGAUUCAAAUAAUCCAGAAGAAGGAUAUUACCCACAUGGGUUGAGCGAGAAAGUGGGUGAAAGGGGAUUGAUAAUAUGUGGAUGGGCACCACAAUUGUUGAUACUGAGUCAUCCAUCAACAGGUGGAUUUUUAUCACACUGCGGAUGGAAUUCAACGAUGGAGGGGCUAGGAAGAGGGGUCCCAUUUUUAACAUGGCCCUUAAGGGGUGACCAAUACUAUGAUGCCAAGUUGAUAGUGAGUCAUCUUAAGGUGGGAUACAGUGUAUGUGACGAUUGCUUGGAGAAGGUAAAGAAGGAUGAUAUAAUGAAGGGAAUAGAUAAGGUAAUGGGAGACAGUGAAAUGAAGAAAAGAGCAAAGGAAAUUGGAGCUAAAUUUGAUAAAGGAUUUCCAGCAACUUCAUUAGCUGCUUUGGAUGCAUUUAGUGAUUUUAUUAAGCAAACUGUUGCUUAAAACACAGUCGUUUUAUUUUAUAUGCUCAUUUCCUUUUAUUUUCUUUUAUUUUUCUAUAAUAAAAAGUUAUUUAUGCCUCUA